AUGGAGGACAGACGCGUGACCGUGGAGAUCCCCGAAGUCCUCAGGGAGCAGCUCGAGGAGGACUAUUACCGCGUCACCAGGAGGAAGCAGCUGGUGAGCCUCCCGUGCCAGCCCAACGUCAUAGCCGUUUUGGAAUCCUACGUGCGGCACUUUGUGGUCCAGGCAGCCGCCCAGGCCAACGGGAGGCCCGGGCACCGGCCCCUGGCCGCGCCCGCUCACCCGGAUGCCAGCCCUGGCCCGGGCGACAGGCCUGUGGGCCUCUGCAAGGAGAUGGCCGAUGGCCUGCGCAUCGCCUUCGAUCACGCUCUCCCGUUGGUGCUGCUCUAUCCACACGAACAGGCUCAGUAUAAAAAGGUAGGGUCGUCUAAGUGUUGCCUGGCAGCGAAGGAAAAGGCCGCCAACACCCUCAGCCAGGAGGAGCUUCCGCCCCAUCCACCGUGGCUGAACCCGUCUACACCGCAGCCCACAGCGGAGGAAGCCAGACCUGAAGCCUUGUGGUCCCUGAGGAGGUCCAGACGCCACCUCGGCCAGCUGGGUAGGCCGAGGGACAGCAGCGCCUCGCCGCUCCCCAAGCGGCUGCUGCAGGACACGGGCAUGGCUGCGGGGCCGCUGGCCCUGGACGAGAAGGGGCCUGGAGAGCUGCCCUGCCAGGAGGCUGGCUUUGCCGACCGUGAAGGGAGAACUGAUGCAGCGAAGAUGCCCUCCUGGAGGCUGGUGCCAGAGGACUACCCGCCGGCCGAUGAGCCGCCCCCACCCAGCUGCGUGUACGGGGCCCAGCAUUUGCUGCGCUUGUUCGUGAAGCUCCCCACGAUGCUUCCCAAGAUGGGUUUCCGUGAGAAGAACCUGAAGGCUUUACUGAAGCUCUUCGAUCUCUUCCUGGGGUUUCUAGCAGAUCACCGAGAUGCCUUCUUCCCAGAGUCGGCUUACGUUUCUGCCAGUGAGGCCCUCUGCAGCACCAGGAGCCCCAGGGCAGUUUCCUGCUUCGAUGGUUCCAGAAGAACAACUGCUGCAUCUACCCCUGUGCUCUGGGCUCCAGGUGAAGAAGAAGUGAUGAAAAGAUAGACUUGUGCACAGAGCAUGUGCAUGCCAGGCCCACCCUGGGCACUAGGGCAGAGGCGUGGUGUUUCUAAGAAUUAUUUCUGGGGUACACAAAUGUCC